UAAAAUUAGGACGAUGGUGAGUGAUAAUAGUGUCAUUAGUUUUUCAAAUUAUUUAAUAAAGAAAGAAUUUGAGUUCAACUAAAAUUACUCACAACUAAUUAAACUUGGGGUUAAUACCUUAUUAUGGCCUGAACUAUGACCAUGUAAUCAACUUUGACUCGUGGUUUGGGAAAUUAACAUCCUGGCCUGAACUAUGCAGCAUAUUGACAGAAUUGGCCUGGAGCGUGGUUUGACCGUUUGUUUGGACGGUCAACAUCGUUGACCGUUAGUCAACUGUCCAUGUCACUGCCAUGUCACAAAAAAAAAUUAUAAUUUCAUUUUUCUUUUUAUUUCCUUUACAAAAUUGAAUAAUAAAGAAAGAAAAAACAAUAACUUUUGGCCACCCAUCCCCACCUUCUUUCCUUUUCGAUCAAACCCAAACAAACCCUAUCUUCCAUCUUCUUCCCCGAUAACCCGCCGCCUCCAUCCUCUCCGACUUCAAAUGCAGCGGCGGCCGCGUCGCACACUUUCAUCAGAACCCAAACACGGGAACUCGCUCUCGGCCAACAGUGACAGGCCCAACCAUUUCCCCUUCUCCAAGGAUCCAAAUCCCACUUUCAACUCGUCACUCGCUCUCGGCCCCUGGCUCUUCCCCGUCCACCGUAGCUCUCCACAAUCUCCGCCGCCUUAGCAGCAGCGACUGAACGAAGGGCCGAAGAUCUCGUCACUUGUUCCCGGCUUAUCUUCCCCGUCUGCCGCAGCUCUCUCAAUCUCCACCGCUGCAGUAUCAGCAGCGACUGAACGAAGGCUGAAGAUCGACGCAGCCUCGCCACCUCCGCCUGAUUCAACAAUCAAGUAACGCCCUUUUCCUCUUCUAGGUUUUCUUUUUAAGAUUUGACUGAGGAAAACGUGAUCUGGUUAGUUGCUUGAACUUACAUAUAAAUGAUCCGACUUCAGUACAUCAACAGCUGGUAGGAUUGGGGGUUUUGGUUUGGAGUUCAAUUGGGGCUUUUUUGAAGUUCUAGUAAUGGCUUGCUUUCUUGUAAUUGUUGUGAUGGAAGUCCAAUACAAAGGCAGGACACUCGUUCUAGGGUCUACCACUCUUUCUUUAACUUCAUUCUUAAAGCAGAAGAAGGAGGAAGGAGAAUAAUGGAAGGAGGAAGGAGAAUAAUGGAAGAUAGGGUUUGUUUGGGUUUGAUCGAAAAGGAAAGAAGGUGAGGGGAUAAGGUGGGGAUGGGUGGCCAAAAGUUAUUGUUUUUUUUUUCUUUAUUAUUCAAUUUUGUAAAGGAAAUAAAAAGAAAAAUAAAAUUAUAAUUUUUUUUGUGACAUGGCAGUGACCUGGACAGUUGACUAACGGUCAACGGUGUUGACCGUCCAAACAAACGGUCAAACCACGCUCCAGGCCAAUUUUGUCUAUAUGCUGCAUAGUUCGGGCCAGGAUGUUAAUUUCUCAAACCACGGGCCAAAGUUGAUUACAUGGUCAUAGUUCAGGCCAUAAUAAGGUAUUAACCCUAAAACUUGAGUUCAACUUUUGGACGCCAUGCUAACAUUCACUUUUUUUAGGGGUUAUAUGCGUAGUUUUUUUUAUUAUUUGUUAAUCAACAUGACAAAAAUAUUCUUCCUAAAUUCUCUCUAAGAGCUAGAAAAGUUUAAUUGAGUAUUUCUUGAUGGAAAACCUCCAUAAAUAAGUGGUAGGAUCCUCGAUUCACUCUCCUUCUCUCUCAACCAGAAGUUUUGAUUCAUUUCCUCUGUUUGCUAUCUCUGUGUUUCAAUGGAUGCAACAAUUUAUUCUUCCUAUCUACAAUUGCAGGCUGCUCAUUGUGUUCCGCCUGGCAGCACUCGGGUUGUUCCUCACAUGGAGAGUCCGACACCCAAACCGCCACGCAAUGUGGCUAUGGGCGAUGUCAGUAACUUGCGAGCUCUGGUUUGCACUCUCAUGGAUUCUGGACCAGCUAUACAAGCUUUGCCCAGUCAACAGAGUCACCGAUCUCUUCGUCCUCAAAGAGAGGUUCGAGUCUCCUAACCUCAGGAACCCAAAAGGAAGGUCCGAUCUCCCUGGAAUCAACGCCUUCGUCUCCACAGCCGACCCUGAAAAGGAACCACCUUUAGUCACUUUCAAUUCUAGCAGUCGACUACCCAGUCAAAAAGCUGGCAUGCUAUCUCUCGGAUGAUGGUGGAUCCCUUUUAACCUUCGAAGCUUUAGCUGAGACUGCGAGCUUUGCCAGGACGUGGGUUCCAUUCUGUAGAAAGCACAAGAUCGAGCCGAGGAAUCCUGAGGCAUACUUUGGGCGUAAGCGGGACUUCUUAAAGAACAAAGUGAGGCUUGAUUUCGUGAGGGAGAGGAGGAGGGUGAAGAGGGAAUAUGAUGAGUUUAAAGUGAGGAUCAACUCAUUGCCUGAGUCAGUUAGGAGGAGAUCACAUGCUUAUAAUGCCAAUGAGGAGUUGAGGGCCAAGAAGAAGCAAAUGGAAAUUGGGGUUAGCAAUUCAGCUGCUGAUUCUGUGAAAGUGGUCUGUGUUAGUGUUGUGGUAUAUGAUCCACGAUUGAACUUCUCCCAAUAACUCGAGUUAUUGGGAUCAACUGGUUCUUGACAUGGUAUCAGAGCCUUAUGUAACCAAAAGGUCUUGUUAGAGAGUGGUAUAAGAUCCACGAUUGAACCUCUCCCAACAACUCGAGUUAUUGGGAUCAAUUGGUUCAUGACAUGGUAUCCAAGCCUUAUGUAACCAAAAUGUCUUGUGUUCGAUUCCCGGUGACCCCCAUUUGUUAAGCACAUGGUAUUCUUGUCUUCAGACCUGUGCAAAUUUCAAGCCCUUGUGAGUGGCUUUCGUUUGAGGGGGCGUGUUAGUGCUGUGGUAUAUGAUCCACGAUUGAACUUCUCCCAAUAACUCGAGUUAUUGGGAUCAACUGGUUCUUGACAGUCUGAUGGGUCUCUCUGGCCUGGGACUUGGAAUUCUGGAGGGGCUGACCAUUCUAGAGGAGACCAUGCUGGUAUCAUUCAGGUAAUAUGAAGAACAAUUUUAUACAUUUUCGAUUAAAGAUUGUUUGCUGGAUCUUUUAAUCUUUCAUACUGAAAUGCAUUUGUCCAUUGAUUCUUUGAAUGACACCAGGCUAUGUUAGCUCCACCAAAUGCGGAACCUGUUUUCGGGUCAGAAGCAGAUGGAGAGAAAUUGAUAGACAAGACAGAAUUCGACAUCAGAUUGCCGAUGCUGGUCUACGUCUCCCGCGAGAAGAGGUCGGGUUAUGAUCACAACAAGAAGGCAGGAGCCAUGACUGCAUUGGUGAGAACAAGUGCAAUCAUGUCCAAUGGUCCAUUCAUCCUCAAUCUCGACUGUGAUCACUACGUCUACAACUCCUUAGCCCUACGAGAAGGCAUGUGCUUCAUGCUUGAUUGAUCCCAGCGAUCGCUAUGCGAAUCACUACACAGUGUUCUUCGAUGUCAGCAUGAGAGCACUGGAUGGGUUGCAAGGCCAGGAUUACUGAGCACCAUGGAUGGUUUGGGAGAAAGAAGAUCAAGUUGUUGUUAAGGAAACCCAAGUCUUUGAGGAGGAAGAAGAAAUACGGGAUGAUGAUGAGAUUUCUCUGCGAAUCAAUGAAUAUGAGAAUGAUGAUGGGGAUAUUGAGUCAUUGCUAUUACCUAGAAGGUUUGGGAACUCAACCUCACUGACUUCAUCCAUUCCAGUGGCUGAAUACCAAGGGAGGCUCCUUCAGGAAUUGCAAGUGCAUGGGAGACCAGUUGGUUCACUUGCUAUCCCAAGGGAGCCAUUGGAUGCUACCACUGUUGCAGAAGCAAUCAGUGUGAUCUCGUGUUUGUACGAGGACAAAACUGAGUGGGGAAAAAGAGUCGGCUGGAUCUAUGGCUCGGUGACAGAAGAUAGGGUGACAGGUUACAGAAUGCAUUAUAGAGGGUGGAGGUCAAUCUACUGUGUGACGAAAAGGGAUGCAUUUAGAGGCACAGCUCCAAUCAACUUGACAGACAGGCUGCAUCAGGUUCUUCGAUGGGCAACCGGUUCGGUCGAAAUUUUCAUCUCGAGAAAUAAUGCACUGUUUGCUUCCCACAGGAUGAAGUUCCUCCAGAGGGUUGCUUACUUCAAUGCUGGAAUGUAUCCUUUCACGUCGUUCUUCCUCGUAGUCUACUGUGUUCUACCAGCAUUGUCACUCUUCUCUGGCCAGUUCAUAGUGGCUUCCUUGAAUGUCACAUUCUUGAUCUACUUACUAGCGAUCACACUCACACUGUGCAUGCUGGCACUCUUGGAGAUCAAGUGGUCAGGGAUUACACUCCAUGAUUGGUGGAGGAACGAGCAGUUUUGGCUGAUCGGUGGAACGAGUGCUCAUCCGACAGCAGUUUUGCAAGGUCUGCUGAAGGUGAUUGCAUGUGUGGACAUAUCAUUCACAUUGACAUCCAAAUCUUCUGCUGCUGAAGAAGGUGGGGAAGAUGAGUUUGUCGAGCUGUACGUGGUGAGAUGGAGCUUUCUGAUGAUGCGUCCAAUUACUAUCAUGAUGUUGAACAUGAUUGGGAUUGCAGCUGGGGUGGCUAGGACUAUGUACAGUCCAUUCCCACAGUGGAGCAGGCUGGUUGGUGGAGUGUUCUUCAGCUUCUGGGUUUUGUCGCAUCUCUACCCUUUUGUCAAAGGGUUGAUGGGCAGAAGGGGUAAAAGUCCAACCAUUAUCUAUGUUUGGUCUGGUUUGUUGUCUAUCAUCAUUCUUUGUUGUGGGUUUAUAUAUGUCCUCCUUCUGGUGGUGCUCACCAGGAUUUCGAUAGUUUCUCGUUUCAGUUUCCUUGAUCUGUUGAAACACUAGAAUGGAAAGUAGAUGAUAGUUUUGAGUAAAAGCAAAAGGAACCAGCUAGCUCUGCAGAAGGGAAACAUGAAGCUUUAUAGACAGGGGCGCAGCAACAGCAUCAUUUCCAUUCUCCACCUAUUGUAUCCAUCCAACUUAUCAGCUCUUUUCGAUGAGUAAAUUGAUAUUGGAUGAUAGUAAUGACAAUUUAGAUUGCUAAGCAGCAGCUUACAGUACAAUGACAAGCUUCUAUCAGUGUUCAAUUUCUAGUGUUUUCUCUGCAUUAUGUUCUAUAGGUUAGGGCGCAUUGGCAUCCUCAAUGUUCAAAAUAUGGAUUAGACAUGCGCCAUAUAUAUUUCAUUAAGAAUACUCAAUAGUCAGAACCUACUGCAAAUGCAUCAUAAUUUUCAGCACCAUCCAUUUCAGAUAGCAAAAAUAUGCCCUUCAAAGCGUUGCAAAUUCUAUCACACUGUGAAUGUGAAACGGUCCCCAGCUAAAGAAUUCAUGAAACUCACCCUCAACAUCUAUCAAGCAUCGACGAGGAUUUUUUUUAAGGAUUUUUUUUCAAUGUAUCACCCAAAAACUAAAAACAUUCAAAAGCACUACUAUUUCCAAAUAAAAAAAAAUCAUCCAUACCACAGUUUCACAAGGCGAAUUCCUCGAAAUAGUUGUAUUUCCUCGUCUCGAGAUUCGGUUCCACCUUCUAUUCCGUUUAAUGCUAUUCGUGUGCAGUUUGAUGGCGCUAAUAAAAUUCGGAUGGGUGGAGCAAUGGGAUUUGUGCACUUUGUAGGCGAAAAUGUUAUAUCCUUUGCUUUCGGUAGUUAAUAUCAUCUCAUAUUUGAUCCUUUUCUUGCAGAACUCUUGGCUCUUCGUGAUGCAAUUGGUUUUGCUUGUCUCAUUCCUACACUAAUGUUUUGUUUUGUGGUGAUGCGCCGGUUGUCAUACGGUUGGAGGGACUCGUUGCACGCGAUGGGCGGAGUUAUCCUGCAGGAAAUUUAGGUUCUACAAUCAUCGUUUCAGCGUGCAACGUUUCACUUCGUGCUUAGGUGGUAUAAUGGGGUUGCCCAGUCCGUGGAAAAAAGGCCCUUGUAUCGUUGAAUCGUACACUUAUCGUCGAACAACAUUUUUUUUUCUAAAUUCUUUUUUGUGAUUUGACUUGAAAAGAUUUAGUAUAUUCUCGAACCUAUACUGUUUCCCUCCAGAAAUACUAAUGAAAAAGGGGUAAAUGC